CACAUUUGGAGAAUCGGUGUGGGCAAGGAGUGCGACUGCAUUGAACCUAAAGCACAGCUCACUCUCGUUGCCUCGCCAAAACACACAGAGAGAGAGAGAAGGAAAUGGAGAAAGCUUUGGUAAAAGUUGGGAGCUUGAAAGCUGGGAGCUAUUGGAUUUCCAAAAAAGCCAAGGAAGAAUUCAGCAAUAUCUCUGAAGACCUCACUACUUUCUCAAAUACGGUUGAAGAGAAAGCAAAAUGGAUAUUUAACAAGCUAAAAGGAAAACCACUCAAAACCUUGCCAGAUCUCCUUCGAGAAUACAACUUGCCUCCUGGCCUGUUCCCCCAGAACAUAACAUGUUACGAGUUUGAUGAGUCAAAGGCUAAGCUGACUGUAUACUUGCCCUCUGCAUGCGAGGUCAGCUUCAAAGAUUCCUCCAUGAUAAGGUAUGCCCCUCGGGUAAAAGCCAUUCUUAUGAGAGGAAAGCUCACAGGUAUAGAAGGAAUGAAGACAAAGGUCUUAGUAUGGGUUAAAGUCACCAAUGUGGCUGUGGAGGGUUAUAAAUCUGAUAAGGUCUGGUUCACGGCUGGGGUGAAGAAAUCAAGGCCAAAGGAUGUAUAUGACAUGCCUCGCGAUGCCAUUAGAGUUCAAGAAUUUUAAGAUCCAAAUAUAAGAUUAUCGCAUUAUGCAGGGCGAAUGACCUUAUUUAGUGACCAGUUUAAACAUUAUAGGCCAUAGUAUUCCUUCCACCCCCCUCCCCUCUCCCGCCUCCUUUCUGUCUCCCUCCCCCUCUUGCAAAAAGGGAAAAAAACAUUUUCCUCUUUGCACAAUGAGGAUGAUUAUUAUGCUUUUUGAAUGGUUGCAAAAUUAUGAUCCCAAUUAUGAUCCCACACACUUCAACGCCACAGUCAUUUCAGUUCUGUGCAUGCUUUGGAGGUCAACAAACCAGUUUGGACCAUGAUAUUGGUUAUCAAGACUAAGGUAACUUGAACCACAAGUUUGGAUCGUAAUAUCCUAUUUGCAGAUUUAUUAUCCAAAUGUUCAACUAAGGUGGUGAACUGCCCCACAUUGCCUGUAAUGAGCAUUUAAAUCUGUGAGCUGUCUGGUUAUGUAAUCUAGCAGUCGCUUGUGACCUGUAAUGACUUUGCCCAACUGCACGUGAUAUUGUUCGAUUUGAAUUACACCAUGGUUUUAUAAUGCAUAAUAGUAAUUUAG